CAUCAUCAUCAACAACAACUACAUCUUUCCCUCCCCUCCUACAUCCUCCUCUUCGUUUUUCCACCCUUUUUCUUCACCUCCCCCAAAGUAAUCUCUUUUUCCUCUCCCUUUUCAUUUCCUCUUCCUCACCCCCAAAUUAUUAUUUUCACUUAUAAAACAGUGGCAUCAUCAGCAAAAGCAGGAGAAAGCUCCAAACUUCAAUUCAUGGAGACACCCUAGAUGUUUGAGCCAUGGACAUAACCCCAACAACAACGAUCAACAACACUCCCACGAGUGCAACAAAAUCCCCAGAACAUGACACCGAAACUCCGACCAGAAUCACCACCACCGCCACAACAACCAACAAACCCUUGUCUUUCUCCAACGGCGUCCUCAAGCGCCACCCUUACCCUCACCACCACCACCAUCACCCCCACCCCAUGGCCACCACUAACCACCCAGUUCCAGUCACCUACAAAGAAUGUCUCAAAAAUCAUGCCGCCAACUUAGGUGGCCACGCCUUAGACGGUUGCGGCGAGUUCAUGCCUUCCCCCAACGCCACCGCCGCAGACCCAAGUUCCAUAAAAUGCGCCGCCUGCGGCUGCCACCGCAAUUUCCACCGCCGGGAACCGGAAGAACCACCCAUCUCCUCAACCACCCACGUCAUCGAGUACCAACCCCACCACCGCCACCACCCUCCGCCGCCACCGUUCCAAGCCUCGAAUCGCAGCCCCAAUUCGGCGUCUCCGCCACCGAUCUCCUCCUCUUACUACCCUUCCGCACCGCACAUGCUCCUCUCCCUCUCCACCGGCCUGGCGCCGCCGCCGGAAAGCACGGCUGCACCCUCCGGCGCGUUGGCCUCACCUGGGUCCCACACAAGGAAGCGAUUUAGAACCAAGUUCAGCCAGGAGCAGAAGGAGAAGAUGCAUAGGUUCGCAGAGAGAGUUGGGUGGAAGAUGCAGAAGAGAGACGAAGAUUUGGUUCAAGAGUUUUGCAACGAGGUUGGGGUCGAUAGAGGAGUGCUUAAGGUUUGGAUGCAUAACAAUAAGAACACUCUUGCCAAAAAAGAUAAUAAUAAUAGUAUUAUUAAUAAUGAUAAUAAUAAUGCCAAUGGCGGUGACAAGAGCUUUGAAGACCCUAACAACGCCAACAACGACGAUGACGCUGAAAUCAAUGGCAACGAUCGUGCUGAGGAUCCAACUCGUCAUCACUAUGGUGGCCCCAACGUUGCUGCUAAUGGAUCUUCUUCUUCUUCUUGAUCUUUUUGUUGGAGAGAAAGAGAAAAAAAAAUAUGUUAGAUAGGUUAAUGAUGCUAUUAAUUAGUGGUUUCUCUUCUUUUUUUUUUUAAUUGUUUAGUUUUAUAUUAUUAAUGAGAUCACCUUUCUUAAGGAUAUUUAACAUGGCAGAGAAUGAUAUCCAGAAGGGAAUUUAUUUUGUGCUUUAAAACGGUUUAAUUCGAAAUUAAUUAGUGUUAGUUGUACUGUUAGUGCUCACUAAUACUGGCUUCCUUUUCUCGUAUGUAUUUAUGUCUGAAUGUUUAUCUUUGGCGUGAUUUUCUGCCUCUGCUCUUCGCUUGGUUUGUUUGAUUAGAGAGUGGUGUGAACAGUGGAGUUGGCAUGCAGUGUCAUUAUUUUGUGUUUUUUUCGUUGAGUCUGAGAAGAUGAUGAAAAGCUUUCUGUGAUUUCUCUCUUUCUUUCU